AUGACUCGAUCUUCUCGCGCCCCCACUGUGGCCUUCAUGGAGGAAGCCGACGAAGACUCUGGUAGCUCCGUCGAGAUUCGGGCUGGCACCCGAGUCUACGCCUUGUCCGAGGACCAGCCUUCUCCACCCAAGGAACGCCCCAACACUGGAAAGUACAGGAGAGGCGAGGGCCCGAAUUCCCCGCCCAGAGGAACCAAGGAGAGAGGUGAAUCCCGCAAGGAGAGGGACCCCAGGCCCUACAGGGACCAAGGCCGGGAAAUAGCCCAUCACGAGAGGCGCGAUUCCGAAUCUGCCGCCAGGCGUAUGCGCGCCGAGGCCAAGGCGGAUAGGGACAGCGCCAAGGCCCUCAAGAACAGCCGUCCCCAGUCUCUCAGGCAUGCCAACACCCAGCCCGCUGUCCAGCAGCCGCCGCCCUACAGGAGGCCCCAUGCCGACGCACCGGGUGUCUAUGGAGGACCUCCUCCCCAGAGGGCUCCGUCGAGGAGCCGUCCGAGGGCCGCCUCCAGGCCGGCUAACCACUAUGAUGGCCAGAUGGGACCUCUGCCACCCGUUACCGGUGGCUGGGCUGCUAGCCCUAUGGGCCCCCCACCGCUCUUCCCCUCUUCGGGACCUGGCCCGUACGACUUUGAGUACUCGCAGUCACCGUAUUCGCAAUCACCCAUGCUGGGCGGCGCACACAUGGCAGCCGCCAUGCACGGUGGCAUGCUCUCAGGGUCACCCGGUGGCCCAGGCUUCUACGAGAUGGCCCCCCCUCCGCCCCAAGGACCGCCCCCGGUGACUCGCGACCUGAGGCAGCGCUUCGAGCCCAGACCUUCGUCUGCCAUGGGCUACUCGAGCACGGCGUCUCGCAGCUACCGCCACGACGACUACCCCGACUACCCCGACUACCCCGAGGAAGCACCCUAUGGUAGUACUGGCGGCGGCGGUGGCGGUCACCAAAGACGGCCGUCUCGCACCCAGAGGCAGCAGAAGGACGAUGACCGCAAGCGGAUGCCCCCGCCCGACCUGAAGCCCCAGAGGAUCCCAUCCAUGCCCAGGCGCCCCAGCACCACGGCUAACACGGUCACACCCUUCCAGCCCCCGCCACAGCGCCCCAGCUCCCGCCAUCAGACCCGACCCCCCCCUCCGUCCCACAGGCGAUCUGUUGGCUUUACUGACCCAGAUCUGCUCGACGAGGAAGACGACGAGGAUGACGACGACGACGAGGACAACCUGCUGACGCACGAGGACCUGUUCCAUGACUCCCCCGAGCCCUCAUACCACCAGAGGCGUCGCUCCGUUCACCGACCUCAGCGCGGCUCCUUUGCCGUCUACGACGACGACGACCACGACAGUCAGCCCCUGGCCCGUCGCCGCAGCCGCCGUGGUAGCACGUACGGCGGGGCCGCUCUCGGGACCGGCGGCGUAAGCCUCACCGAGGAGAACAAAUACAUGGAUGCGGUGCGAUACCAGGAGGACGUCAGCGGCGGUCCACAAAUGCCCCUCACUGCCGAGAGUCUUCGCAAGGCUAACAAGCGCGGCGAGGGCGUCGCCAGCAGCCGUUCGACCCGGAGCAGUGCCAGCCGCGACGACAGCGAAUACAAGCGCAGCAACACGACGGGACUGACGCGAUCAUCCAACGGCAACAACGACGACUUCACCAUCAAGGUUUCGGGUGCCGCUGUUGUCCGCGUUAACGGUGCCGAGAUCCAGUGCGAGAACAGCGAGAUCACCUUCUCCAACGGCAUGGCAACCCGCGCUGGCGACCUGGAUGGCGGCAGCGCCCUGUAUGAGCUCGAGGACGACCGAAGCCUUCACCGUGAACGCAAGGCCCUCCCGCACCGACCCAGGGCUCCCAGCCAGGGUGACUCGCAGAGUCGGGGUUACCUUCCUGGAUAUGCGCCCUAUGAACCUUAUGACGGGGGCCUCCCCUCGCACGCCAGCUAUAUCUGA